AUGGGUUCACCAGGGAGGAGGACCCUGUCUUUCCUCCUGGUUUUGGUGCCCAUGUAUCUACACGGGGCUUCACUGCAGGAAGCUGGACCAGCAGGGCAAAGAAAACCAUUUUUUGAGAGGCUCCGUAGGCUAGAAGAGCAGUUCCGGAGGUUCCAAGAGGUGACCUUAACACACCUACAGGGCAUUGCCAGCAACUACAAUGUGUCCCAAGACAUCGAUGCCCGGUUCCAAAGCCUAGCAGAGGAGAGCCAGGCUGUGGCUCUGACAGUCAACAGGUCACAGGCCACCAUCCAGGGGGACCUGGCCCACCUGAAGACCUGGGUACAGAAGACCCAGCGCCGAAGCCGGAAGGUGGACAUGCGACUGCAGGCCUUGAACCUGGCCCUGAGUGAGAAAAACAGGCAGUGGGUGCAGGCUGGGAAGGAGCAGAGGGCGCAGAGGGACGUCAUCUCGGGCCUGGCCCUGGACACGCGGGCCCUGCAGGAUGCGCUGGUCCAGCUGACACACCAGGUUCACAGCCAGGGUGCCAGGCUGGCUGUUCUCGAGCGGCAAUUGCAGAUGGCCAACCUUGGCACUGCAGCCCCAGGGCUGACCCCAGCCCCAGCUCCAGCUCAGCCUGUGCAGCCAGGCCCACUGAUGCUGCUGAGGGACAGGCAGGUGCUCACUCCUUCACCCAAACAUAGGAGUCCCCCCGAGGACUUCGCUGCCCAUCUCCACGGGACACAGAAGCUCCCAGCCCCAAGCAGCCAUUGGGAACCUGGUGGGCCUGCUACAGUCCCACGGGACCCUGCUCAAGGACCAGAAGAAGUUUGCAGCCUGGGUCCUGUGUUCAUAUUCCCGGAUGCCUCCCCUGAGAAUGUGAUCUUCCUCAACCCCAGCUUCCUCACGGCCCUACGAGCUCUGUCCUUCUGCAGCUGGGUCCGCAUAUCCUCUGGCCACGUGGGCACCCUCCUGUCCUAUGCCACCGAAGAGAAUGACAACAAGCUGGUACUGCAUGGCCGAGACUCACUGGCCCCCGGGUCCCUCCAUUUUGUGAUUGGAGACCCAGCCUUCAGGGAGCUGCCUCUUCAGCUGCUGCUGGAUGGCCAGUGGCACCACAUUUGUAUAAUCUGGACAUCUGUCCUGGGCAAGUACUGGCUCUAUGUGGACCGCAGGCUAGUGGCCACUGGCUCCCGCUUCAGGGAGGGCUAUGAGAUCCCUCCUGGAGGGUCCCUUGUGCUGGGCCAGGAGCAAGACAGUGUUGGUGGAGGGUUUGACAGCUCUGAGGCCUUCGUGGGGAGCAUGUCUGGCUUGGCCAUCUGGGACCGAGCCCUGGUCCCUGGGGAGGUUGCAAACCUCGCCACUGGGAAGGAGCUCCCGACUGGUGCCAUCCUGACCCUGGCCAACGCCUCAUGGGUAGGUGGGCUUGUGCAGAGGGCCGACUGUACCUGCCUGGAGCACUGUCCCUGAGGCCACGCCCUGCAGGGACUGUGGU